CUCGAUUGCAUCAGUACAAUUUAAAUCGCGAGUGCCGAACGUUUUUCCGGACAAAAGUUAAAAGUAAAAUUAACCAAAAUGAAUAAGCUGCUGAUUUUGGCCCUCUGUCUGGGUGUGGUCUGUGGAGAUUUCCAGGCAAGUAGAUUCAAACGCGACAGUUUUCACUCUCGCCACUACAGUUCCCACCAGCAGGCGGUGGAGCAGGCACGCAAGAAUUCCGGUUACGAUGGAAGCUUUGGAGGCGGCUAUGGAAGUGGCUUCGGAGGUAGCUUAGGCGGUGGCUUCGGAGGAUUUUCUGGUCAGGUUGAUGGAUCUGCUAACCUGGGCAAACUGGAGGGCUCCUACGACGUGGUGGGUGCAACUGAAUCCGCUGAAGGUGCCAGCGCUGGCGGUGCAGGUGGUGCCGUUGAGAAUGUGGCUGGUGUUGGUGUGGGAAGCACUGGAUCCUUCGGUUCCGGUUUUGGUGCCCAGAAUGCUGGCUCCUUCGGCUCCCAGAACGCUGCCUCCUUCGGUGCCCAGAAUGCUGCCUCCUUUGGCUCAUCUUUCUCCAGCAACGCCGCCUUCCAGACCAGCUCCGCAGCCAACUUCGGUAGCACCGCCGCCCACCAGGUGGGCAGCAAUGUGGAGUUUGCUGAGAACUCCAAUGCAGGCAACAAGGUGGACUUCGGUGGCGGUGUUCAAACCGUGCAGACUGCUCCUUCUUCCGAGUAUUACAGCCACGAGAAGGUUGUGAGCACCCCACAGCAGGUGACCUACACCAUUCCCGGCGCUGAACAGCGUUAUUAUCAUCAUGAAGAGCGCAUUGUCGCGCAACCCACCCAGCGGAUAGUGCAGACUCCAGUUCAAACCGAACACUACUACCAGCGCAAGGUCACCACCACCGCCUCGGCACCACAGAUCGUGCAGCCAGUGGCCAGCAGCCGCUUGAUCUAUGGAUCGAACUCCGCCUCUAACUUCGGUAGCAACUUUGCCAGCAAUGCCGCCUCAAACUUUGGAAGCAACGCCGCUUUCACAUCUCAGUUUGGCAACUCUUUCGGCCAGAAUUCCGGAUAUGGCGCCAACCACAACAGUGAACUGACUCACCUGGUCAACCAAGCUCAUCAGGGUGCCCGUCAGCAAGCCGGCUCUCAAACCAGCUCUCAGGCCACCUCAGGCAAUCUUGUGCAAUCUGGCAGUGGCUUCAACGCCGGCCUCCAAUCUGCCCAGCAAUCCGGCUUCAACUCCGGCUACAACAGCGCCUUCAAUGCCGGCUCACAGUUUGGCUUCAACUCAGCCAGCUCCCUGAACUCUGCCAGCUCCUUGAACUCUGCCAGCUCCUUGAACUCUGCCUUGAACGCCGGAAGCAGUGGCUCUCUGCUGAGUGGUUCCCUGUUGGGCGGAAGCCACGGAUCUCUGCUGAGCGGACAGGUUGGCGGACAGCAGUCUCUGCUCAGUGGAUCCCUGUUGGGCCAACAACAACAGUUGGCUGGAUCGGGCAACUUUGGAGCUGGAUUCGGAGUCGGUGCCGGUAACUCAGGCAGUGGCUUCCAGACCAAGGAGUGGGAGAAGCAGUCCAAGUGGUCUUCCCAAAACUCGUUCGAUUCCAAUGGAAAUGUGAACAACUACAAGGAUCUGGCCACCGGUGAGAGUGAGAAUAUCAACAUCAACGGAAAGAAGUACGGAUACCAUGCCGCCACAGCCUCCGUCGAUGACAACGGCAAGAUCGGCACCCACAGUGUUCACUCGUAAAUGGCGACUGAAACUCGCAUCCAAAACUAGAAACCUGUCGUGUUCUUAGGGAGUGUUUCGUAAUUACCUCCAAAUGUUUUUGUAAGCCAAUGUGAAAGUAAAAUGAAGUGUUUAAAUGUCAAAA